AUGUCUCGCGCCGUGCUGACCUACGCGCUGAGCUGCGCGCUGACCUGCGCGCUGACCGGCCGGGCGGCCGGCGGCCGGCGGCUGACGGAGCUGCCGCGGCUCCUCGGCGAGGUCGCCGUUGCCAACGCUUCCUUCGUGGAGGUGUUCACGGCCGCGGUCGGCGCAGGCGACGCCGUCGAGCGGACCACCCUGUACGUCAGCAGCUUCAACCCGGAGAACAUCCUGGGCACGGACAAGGUGUACCGGGUGCCGGCGCCGGGCCGGCAGCUGGACGCCGUCAGCGACUGGCAGCUGCAGCUGCUCGACCACAACGCCUACUGGACCAACGACAUCGACUACAUGGCGUCGCAGGCGGUCGGCUUCGAGGGCGUCAUCGUCACCUCCGGCUACCUGGGCACCUUCCACACGCACGGCAAGCUGCAGGUCUUCAACACGGAGACGUCCCCGCCGAGUGGGCCCUACCUGCUCAGCAUGCUGGACGUGCACGACUGGGCGUACCGGCGCGCCGUCUGGCAUGACAUGGACGCCGACGGCGAUCUCGACCUACUCGCCGCCAGAUUCAACAAAAAGGAGCUGGCGCACACACCCCUCAAGAGCCUCGCCUUCAUGAUCAACGAGGGUACGCCGGUGGACGGCAUCUGGCGGCAGAAGGACGUGGUGGAGGGCGGCCCGGACGCCGGGUUCCGCGUGGCGCGCCUUACCUCUGCCGGCGUCCCCUACGACGUCGUGGUAGCCGGAGAGAUGUGGAACGAGCGGCUGGCGCUCUACUGGAGCGAGACGGGCGACUGGACGGACCUCGCCAGCGUCCGCUCCCGCGUCGUCGACAACACCACCGGCAGCAUCUUCGACGUGUUCUACAGCGACCUGAACGGCGACGGCGCGCCCGAGGUGUGGGCCACCGCCUACGACCACGCGGCCGACUCGGGCGCCGUGUACGCGUGGACCGUGCCGGAGGACUUUGCCGCCGGCGACUGGCGCCGCGUCACGAUCGCGGACGGCUUCCGCGCCGCCGAGGCCGCGGUCGGCGAGUGCGUCAGUCCCGGCGAGGCGGUCGCCUUCCACCCGAGCCGGGCGGCGCGCGCCGCCGGCGAGAAGCCGCUCAUCCUGCUGUCUGGGAACGGCGACGGCAGCCACUACGUGCUGCAGCCGGCCAGCGCGGACGGCGCCGACUGGCGCUACGAGCGGCUGACGCUGGCCAGUCCCGGCGGCACGGCCGGGCAGGUGGCCGCCGCCGACCUGGACGGCGACGGCUUCACCGAGCUACUGGCGGCCGGCCACACCGCCGGCAGCCUGGCCGUCUUCAGCUACGGGCCGCAGUAG